UGGUGGUUGGGAAACCAGGAAUUUGGGGGAGAAAUCGCUUCACUGGCUGAUGGUGGCUGACUGAAAGCAGACUUCCAGAUUUCUAAAUCCUCCUCAAGGGUCCUCAUCACGUGCUACUCAGACGCACAUUUCUCUAAUCUUACUAAUUUAAAGGAUGGCUUGCCUCCUUCCUGCCGGUCAGAGAGUUGCAGCAGGGUUUCUCUUCUUAGUGCUUUGGGGCUCAGCUCUAGGUGACAAACUGCUGGUGGUCCCCCAGGAUGGAAGCCACUGGCUUAGCAUGAAGGAGAUAGUGGAGAAUCUCAGUCAAAGAGGGCAUGACAUUGUGGUGCUUGUGCCGGAAGUCAACUUGCUUUUAGGAGAAUCCAAAUACUACAUAAGGAAAACCUUCCCGGUGCCCUAUGACCUAGAAGAGCUGCAGACCCGUUUCCGCUCCUUUGGAAACCACCACUUUGCUCCCAGGUCACAGCUGAUGGCUCCUCUAAAAGAGUACAGGAACAACAUGAUUGUCAUCGACUUGUGCUUUUUCAGCUGCCGGAGCCUCCUGAAGGACACUGCCACCCUCAGCUUCCUCAGGGAGAGCAAGUUCGAUGCUCUGUUCACAGAUCCCGCCAUGCCGUGCGGUGUGAUCCUGGCUGAGUAUCUCAGGCUGCCCUCCGUCUACCUCUUCAGAGGUUUUCCGUGCUCUCUGGAGCACAUGCAUGGUCAAAGUCCAAGCCCCGUGUCCUACGUCCCCAGAUUCUACACCAAAUUCUCAGACCGCAUGACAUUUCCCCAACGGGUGGCCAACUUCAUCGUUAACAUCUUAGAGAACUACCUAUUCUAUUGUCUGUAUUCAAAGUACGAAGUCCUCGCCUCCGAGCUCCUCGAGAGAGACGUGUCCCUAUCCGCCUUACACCAGAACUCAGUGUGGCUGUUACGGUAUGACUUUGUGUUCGAGCACCCCCGGCCAGUCAUGCCCAACAUGAUUUUCAUUGGAGGGACUAACUGCAAGAAGGAAGGGAAGCUGUCUCAGGAGUUCGAAGCCUAUGUCAACGCCUCUGGAGAGCACGGCAUCGUGGUUUUCUCUUUGGGCUCCAUGGUCUCCGAGAUUCCAGAGAAGAAAGCCAUGGAAAUCGCUGAGGCUUUGGGCAGAAUUCCUCAGACGGUCCUGUGGCGCUACACUGGAACUAGACCAUCGAAUCUUGCAAAGAACACGAUCCUUGUCAAGUGGCUACCCCAGAAUGAUCUGCUUGGUCACCCAAAGACUCGCGCGUUCAUCACACACUCCGGCUCCCAUGGUAUUUAUGAAGGAAUAUGCAAUGGAGUCCCAAUGGUGAUGAUGCCCUUGUUUGGCGAUCAGAUGGACAAUGCCAAGCGCAUGGAGACUCGAGGAGCUGGGGUGACCCUGAAUGUCCUUGAAAUGACUGCUGACGAUUUAGAAAAUGCCCUGAAAACUGUCAUCAAUGACAAGAGCUAUAAGGAGAACAUCAUGCGCCUCUCCAGCCUUCACAAGGACCGUCCUAUAGAGCCUCUGGAUCUGGCUGUGUUCUGGGUGGAGUUCGUGAUGAGGCACAAGGGGGCUCCACACCUGCGUCCUGCUGCCCAUGACCUUACCUGGUACCAGUACCACUCCUUGGAUGUGAUUGGCUUCCUCCUGGCCAUCGUGUUGACAGUGGUCUUCAUUGUCUUUAAAUGUUGUGCCUAUGGCUGCCGGAAAUGCUUUGGGGGGAAGAAGCAAGUUAGGAAAUCACAUAAAUCUAAGACCCAUUGAUAAGUGGGUGCUAAGAUCCGUUGAUAAGUGGGUGGAAAGUAUUGGUCCAUUAUCCAAUCAGUUUGAAACUUGAAAACAGAAUCAGUGUUAAGUUCAUUUUGUUUUUAUUAGGGAAAUAAUUUGCCGUACGUUGCACACCCAGACCAUU